UCCAUCCUUCCUCAACCUUCAAGCAAAGGGAAAAACAAAAAAAAAAAAACAAAAUGGAAAUUGAAUCAGUUAGGUGUGAGUGUUGUGGACUGAAAGAAGAUUGCACCCAAAAUUAUAUCAAUGAUGUUAAGGCCAAAUUUGACGGAAAAUGGCUCUGUGGGUUAUGCUCAGAAGCUGUUAGAGAUGAAGUGAGUAGAAGCAAGAAGCAAUCUGGUGUUGAAGAAGCUGUUAAAGCUCACAUGUCAUUUUGUGGCAAUUUUAAAUCCAAUCCAGCCGUUCGAGUAGCUGAUGGAAUGAGGCUCAUGCUGAGAAGAAGGUCAGGAGACUUGUCCAAUACUCGUAAUUCACCUUCUUCUUCUAAGAAGUUCACACGAUCAGCAAGCACAAAACUGUACUAA